AGCUAUGAGCAAAGUCUCAUUUCGAGCUCGACAAAUAGAUUUUAACAAACCCUUACCUAUUCUGAAGCAUGGUUCUGAAUUAUUCCUUGAAAUCAGUGAGAAUGCACUGGUCAAUCGUGGCGUUCCGCAGAUUCCCAGCGGGAUGGAGAAAGAGGAGGAAAAUGAACAUCAUUUUCUGGAGGUUAUUCAGGCCUUGCAACUCCGAACUGACUCAGAUGUAAAAAUACCUGUCCCCGAAAUAAUUGACAAAGAGAAUGAUUAUAAAAGAGUUUACCCAGACGGCUUUAGUUUACCAAAACAGCUUUUACAUAUCAGAACAAUAGUUUUCUCGGAAGAGGAACCUGUUGAAUAUGACAUGGAUAGUGAGGAUGAAGAGUGGUUCCAAAAAAGUGAUCUGGGUAUUACUCCUGAAAAAUUUGAGUCCAUGAUUGACCGCCUUGAGCGUGGCUGUGGUCAAAAGGUGAUGAAUUUGGAAGAAGCUAAGUAUCUCCUUCAAGAUCACCCAUCCUUAGUCAUCGCUGUGUAUGAUUAUUGGCUCAAUAAGCGUGUUCAAUCAAGACAACCUCUUAUUUAUGCUGUUCGACAAGAGCGACGUGAUGGAGGCAGUAACACGGAUCCAUAUGUGGCGUUUCGAAGACGAAGUGAAAAGAUGCAGACCCGUAAAAACAGAAAAAGCGAUGAACAGUCGUACGAAAGGAUGCUGAUUUUACGAGAACAAAUGGAUUCUUUAGGGGAAAUACUCGGUCGACUUGUAAAACGUGAAGCUACAAAGGAAGCUAUCGUUGGUUGUGAUUACAGAUGCUUUCAGCUAAGGUGCAAGUUAUGUGAUUGGGAAGGCUCAAGUCUCGUUGAGGCUGAAACUAUGGCACGUAACUAUCGCGAUAAUGAUGGAGCAUUAACAACGAAGCCCAUAAAAGACAACAAAAGGCGUCCUAAUCUCAAGCGCAAACUAGUCAAGAAAUUCAGCAAUCUUCCAAAUCCUACAAGUUCGGACGAGGCGUCUGACAAUGAUGAUCAUCAAAGUGGACCAUUCUCUUUUGUCAGAACUCCUGGUUGCCGAUAUUUGAAGCCAAGGUCAUUACCCGAAGAGUGUUCCGCACUCACCAGUUCCCAUCCUUCUCGUUCACCCUAUUCCUGCUAUACGUUGGCAACAAUCCCACGGCUGUGUCACACAAAACGUCUUACCUACACUGGCUACAUAAGGCGUCGUCUUGGUCGUGGGGGUCGAAUAAUAUGUGAUCGUAUCGCAGCUCCCCCAGCACUUUCUGCUUAUCUCCAGUCGUAUGAUGCGUGUUUGCAAUCUAGUGAUUCAACCAGUCCGAGUCUAAUGCCUUCGAACUUUUGCUGGCGACAAUCACAAACGAAAGAUGUUGCUUUGUUCAACAGACUAAAAACUUCUACUUUCGGUUCGCAUCGUGCGCGUCCUUCAUUCUCCUGGCCGGUUUCUGAACCUACCUUUCCACCAGUGCCCUUUGAACCUAUACUUAUUGAAUCGAAAGGAUCUGCUAAUCCUCGUAUGCCUCCUAUUUCCUACUGGAAGAAGGAUCGUCCAACAACCUCAAGGAAGUAUCCGGACGAUGAGACUGUAGAUGAAGUUGAUGUGGAUGCGGGACGUGAGUUAAAUGAUGUUCCGAAUGAUGGUUUGUUGAUUCAGGAAAAGCAUUCUCCGUCGCACCGUCUGAACGAUCAAACGCCAAAGAAAUCAGUUAAUGUAUCGUCCGCGGCUAUGGUGAGCCUUUUUUGUAUGUACUCAUUUUCAACUUUUUAAAGGCUUUAUCUUUCUGAUUUUGAGAAGUAUUCCCAUAUCAUGGUGUUUACUUAAUUUAAUUUUAGUCAGUCACGCAAUGAAACUGCUUUGAUGAUUAUGCAUUUGUUUUAUCUAAAUGAUCAGAUACUGUCACAAAUUAUGAUAUGUUAUAAAUUGGUUUUACAUUGAUGAUGGCUAAGACCUUAACAAUUUCUUUGGGCUUGCUUCAUACAUAUAUAGAUUCCCAUCACGAAUACAAAUAUGUGUCAAGCCUCCCAAGCGAUAUUGGUGCCGAAGUCUAGCAAUAGUUUGGUAUCAACUCAUCGCCUCUGGCGAAAGCUGACAAUGCCGUACGGUUUUACGCUUCAGCCUUCUGAGUUCCCCAGAUCCUCUAGUGUUGAUGUUUCUUUCAGCAAUUCUAAUGGUAACGGCCUUUCUUCGACGGACAACAGAAUGCUGCUGACGAAUCCUUCAGUGUUGCCACCACCUAAAGUACGUCGUUUAACUCGUGACUGUGGGCCUAGGGAUCCAAAAGUCCCUGGUCCUCAGCUACAUGUUACGAAUGGAGUAAGCCCAACACAGAUCUUUCAGCUUCCAACUUAACCCUUCGAUAUUCGCAAUUUGAAAAUUGCCUGUUUUUAUAGUUCAUUGUUAGCAUUUAACCGACUCUUCUCAAGUAUUACCUCAUUAUACCUUUUGUGAACAGUUUAUUUGCAAUCCCAGUGGUAUGAUCUUGUAGCUUUUGUAAAGCUUAUUAUUUUUGCGCUUCUGCGCUUCAGUUGUACAUAGGGGCCUUCACGGCCUCCCCCUUUCAUUGUCCCUGUACACUUUCCCCGUCGCUCCAGUGAGCUUGUAUAUUUUAUUGGCGCAUAGCGUCAUAUGUCAAUUGAAUCAAUGCAUAAUCUGAAUGAUUUGUUUUCUUUUUUAUGUAUAGUUAUUAUAAACUUGUUUGUGCCUUGGU